AUGCCAAAGAGUCCAACUCCAAGAGUUAUUUUCAUCCGUCAUGGACAAACAGAAUGGUCAAAAAGUGGCCAAUACACUUCAAGAACUGAUUUACAUUUGACCGAAUACGGAGUGAACCAAGCCAGAGCAUUAGGGAAAUUUGUUACUGGAACCGGAAAUAGUAGUCUUCUUAAUGUCAGCAAUGUCAAAUUGAUUAUAUCCUCUCCUCGUUACAGAGCCAUUCAAACCAAGGAAUUAGUAUUUGAGACUAUUGACAAGAAAAUCAUGGAUGAUAUCCCAUUUGAAAUCGAUGAGGAUGUUAGAGAAUGGGAGUACGGUGAUUACGAAGGGUUGCUCACAAAAGAAAUUAUCCAAUUGAGAAGGGAACGUAACAUCCCUGAUAAGUUGGACAUCACAACUGGAAAACCUAUUCCUUGGAAUAUCUGGGCGGACGGUUGUGAAAAUGGUGAGGAUUACACUAGAGUGUCCAUUCGCUUGAAUAGGUUGAUUGAAAAGAUCAGAACCCUCCAUAAGCAGGCCCUUGAAAAGGACGAACCUUGCGACGUGGUAGUCUUCGGCCAUGGUCAUAUCUUGAGAUCUUUCGCUGCUUUGUGGUUAGGAAGAUCUCUCAAUAUCAACCCGCAGUUUCUUUUGGAUACUGGGGCUGUUGGGGUUUUAAGUUACCAACAUCAUAACAUUGAUGAACCUGCUAUCCACCUAUCUCCAUUUGUGGUUCCUAUGGGAGAGGAAACUGAACAUGCUGCUUAA